UUGGCUGUUGGAUGGCACAGGUCUCCGCCCGCCUGGCUGGACUUGGGACGCUCCCUGGGGGUGCGACAUGGGGCUCUUGUCGCUCCUGUUGCUGCUCUCGGGGCCCUUGGCCCUGGCCUCGGCCUCGGCAGGCGCGCACUCCCUGCGCUAUGUCUACACCGCGGUGUCCCGGCCGGGCGGCGGGCAGGCGCGGUACUUGGUCGCGGGCUACGUGGACGGCGAAGAGUUCGUGCGCUUCGACAGCGAGCGGGGCGCGCGGAUGGAGGCGCGGGCGCCCUGGAUGCAGCGCGAGGGGCCCGAGUACUGGGAGACGCAGACGGGAAUCGCCAGGAGCAACGCGCAGAUCUACACGGAGCGCAUGGACCUCCUGCGGGGCUACUACAACCAGAGCGCGGCCGGGUCUCACACCCUCCAGAGCAUGUUUGGCUGCGAGGUGGACCCUGACGGGCGCUUCCUGCGCGGGUAUCGGAGCUACGGCUACGAUGGCAGCGACUACCUGACCCUGAACGAGGACCUGCGCUCCUGGGCCGCGAAGGACACGGCGGCUCAGAUCAGCAGGCAGAACAGGGAGGAGUCCCGCGAGGCGGAGAUAUACAGGACCUACCUGCAGGUGGAGUGCGUGGAGUGGCUUCACCAGUACCUGGACAGAAGGAAUGAGACCCGGCCAGCAGAGCCUCCCAAGCCACACAUCACCUACCACCCCUUCUCUGACCGGGAGGUCACCCUGAAGUGCUGGGCUCUGGGCUUCUACCCUGAGGAGAUCACCCUGACCUGGCAGCGGGAUGGGGAGGACCUGAUCCAGGACACAGAGCUGGUGGAGACCAGGCCUUCUGGGGACGGAACCUUCCAGAAGUGGGCAGCUGUGGUGGUGCCUUAUGAAGAGGAGCAGAGAUACACCUGCCACGUGCAGCACCAGGGGCUGCCGGAGCCUGUCAGCCUGAGAUGGGAGCCCCCUGGUCUGCUUACUGUCCCCACCGUGGGAAUCGCUGUCCCGGUUCUUCUCGGGCUCGUGGUCACUGGUGCAGCGCUGGCCGGAGCAGUGAUCAUCAGGAAGCGGCGCCAAGGUGAGAAAGGAGGCCGUGGUCCAGCUGCAGACAGGGACAGUGAAAAGGACUCUGACAAGUUUCUCAUGGACCCUAAAGUGUGAGCCAGCUGACCCCUGCAGGGCCACAGUGGUGCAGGAUUCGCUCCCGGCUCCCAUCUGUGACCGCCGUUGGAUAUUACCCCUCGGUGUUUGAGACCUCACCAGUGAAUUUCCCCUUUUCCUCCUCUCCUCCCAGAGAAGCUUGCUGUGCUCUUGCUAGCACCCCUAAUUUAGUUUAUCCCUAAUUUAUUUAUAAUCGCUAAUAAAGUUUAUUUUCU